AUGAGUAGAGUUGUAGUUACAGGGCUAGGGCUUAUUACUCCUCUAGGAGUUGGAGUUAAAAAGUCUUGGUCUAAUCUUCUCGCAAACAAAUCUGGCCUCAUCUCAACUAGUACAUUUCCUGAUUAUGAAUCUGCAGGCUGGUCAAGUAUUCCAUCGCAAGUUGUUGGUAAAAUUCCCGAGGGUUCUAUCGAAGAAGGAAAAUGGUCUGUAGGAGACCAUUUUGAGCAUGUUAGUGACUCUAGAAGAAUUGCUAGGUUUGCCCAGUAUGCAUUGGCUGCAACCCAAGAGGCAUUGACCGAUGCAAAUUGGUUCCCUAAGUCUGAUUUAGAUCAAACAGAUACGGGAGUUGCAGUGGGGAGCGGUAUAGGCUCGUUUGAUGACAGUUAUACUAAUGCUAUCAAUUUCCAUGAAAAGGGAUUCAAAAAAGUUCAACCUUUAUUCAUUCCCAGGUUACUAAGCAAUAUGGCUGCGGGAAACAUCUCUAUCAAGUACGGUAUUAGAGGUGUUAAUCAUUCUGUAUCUUCUGCAUGUGCUACAGGUUUACAUUCAAUAGGAGAUGCAUACAAUUUCAUUACUUUAGGACACUCCAAAGUUAUGAUAUGUGGAGGUACUGAAGCUUCAAUUAACCCUUUAGCACUUGCAGGCUUUGCAAGAGCCAAAUCAGUAGUAGUAGAUUCUAAUGAUCAACCGGAAUUGGCAAGUAGACCAUUUGAUGCUUCGAGGAGUGGAUUUGUCUUAUCUGAAGGAUGUGGAAUUGUAAUCUUAGAGGAAUUGGAACAUGCUUUGGCUAGAGGCUUGACUAAGGAUGAUAUAUACGCAGAGGUGUUAGGAUACGGCCUUUCAGGUGAUGCAAGUCACAUAACUGCCCCAUCUGAAGAUGGGAAUGGAGCCAGAAGAGCUAUGGAGAGUGCCAUAUCAAGAACUAAAGGGAAAGUUACCCCAAAUGACAUCGACUAUGUGAAUGCCCAUGCUACGUCUACGGUUUUGGGAGAUAAGGCAGAGAACCGGGCAUUCAAUGCGCUAUUUGAUACGAAUGAUAAAAUAUCUAUAUCGUCAACAAAGUCAUCUAUUGGUCAUUUAUUGGGUGCAGCAGGAGCUGUGGAGAGUAUUUUCACUAUCAAAUCUGUAAAGGAUAACAAAAUUCCUGCAACCUUAAAUUUAAAUAACGUAGGCGGACACGGUCAAGAUGAUAAAUCUGAAUUCGAAAGAUUCGACUAUGUGCCCAAUAACAGCAAAGAAAAGGAAGUGAAUUAUGCAUUAAAUAACUCCUUUGGUUUCGGAGGAGUCAAUAGCUCCUUAUGCUUUGGGAAAUACAAAGAAUAA